GGAUGGCACGCAUCAUGGAAUGGGUGCCGCUCGCCCUCGCCUCCGCCGGCGUGGUGCUCCACACGGCCCCGCUGUGCUAUGGCGACUGGGAGUUCAUCUACUCAUUCGACGACGGCGCCAACUUUGUCGAGAACCCCAUGAUCCAAGCGCUGACGGUAUCGAAUCUCUGCUCCAUGGCCAUGUCGGUCAAGAUCAACGUGUACGAGCCGCUGUCGUGGUUGCUCAAGGCGCUUGUCCACGAGCUUGUCGGCAUGCAAUCUCGAUAUGUUCGCAUGAUGUCGGUAGUUUUACAUUGGACAGCGUGUGGUGUCUUGGGAUGGACCAGCAAUAGGUUGCUGUCGUCGUUCGCGACGAUGCCACCAUCGUCCGACGAUCCGGCUUACAGCUUUUCAGGACAACUCUCAGCCGUUCUGUUCGCCGUCCACCCGCUGCACGUCGAAAUCCUUAUGUGGCCUUCCGCUCAGCCGUACCCGUUGGCCAUGCUGUUCACAUCGCUCAUGCUAUACCUUCAUCUCGAGUUUAAGCCAUGGUCGGCCGUUGGCGCUGUGUUUUACACAUGCGCGGUCUUGAGCAAGAGCAUUGCGCUUGUCACUCCCGUGGGUCUCGUCCUUCUUGAUGCGACCCAAGGCACGGUCCUGCCCUACCAUGACCUUUCGCAACACUUUCGUUACUUUCGCCAGAUGCGUGUCUACAUUGCGCUGUUUCUGGCCUUGGCUGCCACGACGUACGUGGCAAACCAAGGUGGUGCCGGCGACGACGUCGACACGAUCUCGCUCACGCUAUCUCAGCGCAUUGCCAAGCUCUUUCUCGUGAUUGUGUGGCCCAUCCAAGCGUGGGUGUGGCCACUUGGCCUCCGGCCCCACUACCAAAUCUCGGACGAUUUGUCCAUUGGUUCCAGUCCUUCUGUACUGCUAGCUGCGCUUCUCGUGGUGGUCACCUUUGUCGUUGGAAUUGGCAGCGGCUUGACUGCCAAGUCGCGACCCCACUUGGCCAUUCUCGCGGUAGCGGUGUACAUCGUGGUGAUGGUGCUUCCCGUGUCCGGUCUCAUUCAGCACGGCAUGGUGUCGCUGACGGCCGAUCGAUACGCGUACUUUGCAUCGGUGGUGUUUGUCCCCAUACAGACCGCGGUGCUACAUCGAAUGAGCCGACGGUCGGCGACUCUCGUGGCGUUGGCGCUGUUUGGGUUGUGGAGCUCGAUCACGUCGUUGCAAACUCAAGCGUGGCGCACCGAAGAGGGUCUGUGGCGAUAUAGUCUCAUGCAAGACCCAUCCGACUGGCGCACCCUGGACCAGUUGGCUGAAUAUUACCUGCACUAUGGCCGCAACGCGGAAGCCCUUCCGCUCAUAGAGCGAUCGUUGUGGUUUGGACCGACCCGCGGCUUCAAAGCGCGGUUGUUUCAAGCCAAGCAGCGCAUGUUCCUCAACCGCGUGGACGAAGGGUGCUCGAUGUACGCGGCUCUUUUCGAGGAUAAGCCGCAUCACCCGGCCGUGCUCAACAACAUGGCGGUGUGUGCGCUGUACCGCGGAAACGCUAGCGCUGCGACGUCGCUGUGGGAAUCGGCAGUGGAAAAUGAACGACGUGCCCAACGAGACAAACACGCCACGAUCGAGUCGAUCCCGGCGCACAAUCUCGCCCAAGUCCCAGCCUUUCUGUCGGGCGCCCGCGGGUUUAAAGCGCAGCUCAUGUGGUAGCUCACGGGCCGUUUGGGACGUGCGAUGCUCGCACCACGGACUCGACUGUCGUGGGCUUCCGCGGCGCCGAGUUGAGGUCGGUGUGGUUGGGAUGACGUUUGGUUGGAGCUGUGCAUGUCGCCAACAUCAGCGAGCGUAUUUCGACAGGUGCACGGAAUGCACAGCCCUCCACGGACAGCCCGCACUGGCGGCAGCAACAACAAACGACCUGUCGUCGUUGUGCCACUACUCAAAAGAGAGACAAGAAUAUGGUAGUUA